UUUAUUUUGAUGCCGUGAUACGGAUUUGGUAAUUUGUAUCCGCCUGAGCAGCCACAGUUUGUUGUCUUUGGCUGUCGAGCGUUAAAACGCCAGCGUUUUUGUAUCAACUCAGAUUUGUGAGCUUGUUGUUGCACUGACAAGGUCGUUUAUGAAGUGCGUUUGGGGAGUGCUUGUCCAAGUGAUUAAAAUUUAUAAUAUUAGUAGUGAGUUUCUUGAAGUAGCUGGCCUAUAAAUAACUUUAGCACUGGCACCACAACUGCUGGGAAUAAUGCACUUGUGUUACUUGUUUGUUUGAGCCAAUUUUUACACUAUGCGUGUUGGCAUUGGAAACUAUUUGAGUUUGCUAAUUUGCAAAUCAAGUAUGUAAAAUGUGAAUUCGUUAGCAAACAUUUCAUAUAUUCUGUGCUAAUUAUGAGAAGGUUCUUUUGAGAGUAGUAGGCAGAUAGCUUGUUUUAAAUUAAAAAAAAUCUCAUACACAAAUCUCAAAAAUUGCAGUCUCACUUUCUGCCCUGAGCAAUUACUUUUUGGAAAUUCCAGUUGUGCGAUUAUCCAUGUAUACCCUUUGUUUGGCAGUUUAAAUUUAAUUAGCUAGACGCAUUGUUUCCUGAUCCAUAAUCAAUUAUCAGGUCACCAUUUAUUUGAGUAGUUGAGCACUUUGUGGAGUACGUGUUUGAACUCCAUAGAAAUGAGCCGAGUCAUGCCAAAUGAAUAUGCAUAAAAACUGGGCAAAUAUCGAAUAAAGCAAUGCAAAAUGCAUUCAUGCCCAUAUGCUCAGAUUGUAGCUAUAAAAAGAAACACAUGUAUUGUACUCAAGGUCACUGAUUUUACGAUUCACCGAAAUCGCCAAAAAUUAGAUAAAAAAUGUAUUGUGAAAGUAACUGCGAAAUCGGGCGAGCUAGAGCCAAAAAAUGUGUUCAGUUGCCCAUUAAAGAAACGAUUUGGCUGUUGUUCGUAUGCAAAUGAGUCUGGGUCAAGCGUUUGUAAUCCGCUGAAUGCCAUCUUAAUGAUCAGCAGACCCAUGUAACCAAGACGAUCUGGUAAGGUCGCUAGCGUAGCCGGAAAAGCGUAUCUUCGAUUCAAAUCUUGACAUUGAACUUCACCGGGGGCAGUCCAAUGACUCGUUCCAUUAUUGUGGUUCCAAUAGAUCGCAAACCGUAAACAGCGGAAGCACUUUAAUUCACCUACUUGAGCGUUCGCACCUCCGCGCUAAUAAGUCGGCGACAAAUCGCUGAUCAUCGACUUGUCCAGCACGAUUAGGCUUACGAUCUUUUGAUCAGCGUGGUGCUAAUCAACAUGCAGCAAAUUCCCCAAAAAUAGCUCGUAAAAUGGACAACAAAAUUUGCAAGUUCACCCGAUGAACUUGAAAAUAAAUGGUCCAUCGUGGAUCGGCGCUCAAAUGUAUCUUGUAUCUUUCUUUCGUGAUCGCUCGAACGUAGCGCGUUGACCGACUAGCCCGGCAGCUACCCGUGUUGUUAACUCAGUUUUUGAAACUUUUUUUUACUUUUUUACUUUUUGAUCUCGCAUAGGCUUCAACGCUGCAGGCCGGGCAGCAACGUUUCAUUUAAGCGCCGGACAUCAGCGGGCGCGCAUGCGCAUUCGUCAAGUGAAUCGAUCCGGAGUAUCUGUGAAUUUUAGUGGCCCAUUUUUAUACAGAGCAUUUCGUUAAGCCAAGAUGAGAUUCUGUGGAGUGCUGAUAAUCUGCCUGUGGUCUUUUCAAGUCACCUGGUCCCAACUUCUUGUGGACUUGGCUCGUGAUUUCGAGACUUCUCUGCUGAACAAUAGGAUCCCGGACACCACACGAUUCCUGCCGGAAUAUGACUUGAUCAUCGUGGGAGCAGGAAGUGCUGGAUGUGUGAUGGCCAAUCGGCUGAGUGAGAUAUCCUCGGCGAGUGUUCUGCUCCUGGAGGCCGGUGAUCAGGAGACCUUCAUCAGCGACGUUCCUCUGACAGCGGCUCUAACCCAAAUGACUCGAUAUAAUUGGGGCUACAAGGCGGAGCCAACGGAGCACGCCUGUCAAGGCUUAAAGGGGGGCGUUUGCAACUGGCCCAAGGGGCGUGGCGUGGGUGGCACCAGUCUGAUCAACUUUAUGUUAUAUACACGUGGUCAUCGGAGAGAUUAUGAUGAGUGGGCGGCGGCCAACAACUCAGGUUGGUCGUACGAUGAAUUGCUGCCCUACUUUCGCAAGUCGGAGAGGAUUGGAAUUCCGGAGCUGUAUAAAUCCCCGUAUCAUGGACGCAAUGGCCAGUUGGAUGUGCAGUAUACGGACUACAGGUCACAACUCUUGAAGGCUUUUCUAAAAUCAGGUAGGGAAAUGGGUUACGAAAUAACGGAUCCAAAUGGAGAGCACCUCAUGGGAUUUGCUAGAUCACAGGCCACCAUCCGGAAUGGCAGGCGGUGCAGUACGAGCAAGGCUUUUAUACAGCCAGUUGUGCAUCGCAAGAACCUUCAUAUCUCCAUGAAAAGUUGGGUCACUCGACUGAUAAUCGAUCCAGUCACUAAAACUGCCACUGGAGUGGAGUUCGUGAAACAACGUAAGCGUUAUACCGUGCGGGCCAGAAAAGAGGUGAUCCUCUCCGCUGGCACCAUUGCCAGUCCACAGCUUCUCAUGCUAUCCGGGAUCGGUCCAGCAGAGCACCUUAGGGAGCACAAUAUAACAGUUAUGCAGGAUCUGCCAGUUGGUUACAACUUACAGGAUCACAUAACACUUAAUGGUCUAGUGUUCGUGGUCAAUGAUUCGACGGUAAACGAUGCGCGACUGCUAAAUCCCUCGGACAUAUUCAGGUACAUCUUCGCAGGACAGGGACCAUAUACAAUUCCAGGUGGAGCUGAGGCUUUCGCUUUUGUGCGGACUCCCAGUUCCAAAUUUGCAAAGGACUAUCCUGAUAUGGAACUGGUCCUAGGAGCUGGAUCCUUAAGUGGAGAUCGCUUUGGCACUAUGCGAAAUUUGCUAGGCAUCACCGACGAGUUUUACGACUACAUGUUUGGAGAUCUGCAGAACAAGGAGACCUUUGGUCUGGUUCCAGUGUUACUGCAACCCAAAAGUCGGGGCAGAAUAUCGCUGCGUAGUCGCAAUCCCUUCCACUGGCCCCGAAUGGAGCCCAAUUUCAUGCAGCACCCGGAUGAUGUGAGGGCCAUGAUCGAGGGUAUCGAAAUGAUUCUAAAGCUUUCCAGAUCGAAGCCUAUGGUGAAGAUGGGUACUCGUUUCCAUGACCGCCCAUUUCCGGGCUGCGAGCACCUGAAAUUCGCCAGCGAGGAGUACUGGAAAUGCUGCUUAAGAAGAUAUGGCUCCAGUUUGCAGCAUCAAUCAGGCACCUGCAAAAUGGGUCCUGCAACGGAUAAUACUUCAGUGGUGGAUGCCCAACUGAGGAUCCACGGUAUCCGUGGAUUGCGGGUUGUGGAUGCAUCGGUGUUACCCAAUGUCCCAGCUGGUCACACCAAUGCCAUUGUGAUCAUGGUCGCCGAAAAGGCGUCGGAUAUGAUCAAGGAUGCUUGGCGCAUGCCGAUCACUCCCUUGAGCUCAUAAAUUUACCUUUAAGAUCGUUAUUUAUUAUUUAGUUGUCGCACAAGCCAUUAGGUUAAGUUCGCAUGUGAUAGCUUAUAAAGUAGCUAAGGGGUUCCUUAUUGUCUCAAUGGGUUAUCUUUUAAACAAUUUUUUGUAUCCACUUAAUGGAAUAUUUUGUAAGCUAAGAUAUUUGAAAAAUAAGAUUCCUCUUCAAAAUAAAUAUAAUUUAAAGAAA